GCACCGAUCAGUUUUCACUACGUACCUCGAGAGUCCGGCCUGAGAGCAGCUGCCGCUUAGCUUCUUUAUCUCUGGACGCGAAAUGGAAGCAAGCGCCUAUCCUAGAGUUUGCGCUGAGAUGAAUCGGGUUUUCCACACAAUCGACCGCCAACUUUACUCAAUCCUCGUUUUCCAGCUGCACACCGAUCCCAAUGUUGCAGCCUUCACAAUCGCGUUGUGGGUUUGGCUGGAGCACGUCACUCUCUCGAGCCUUGUGGGCAAGAUCAAGUCUUCUUCCCUCGAAAUGAUCAAAGGACUGGCCAAUGAAGCUGUGUUUGUGCUGAGAUGCAUUACCGCCGUAGACCCGCCACACCUGCCUAGUCACUUCUCUUUUUUUAGCAUCUCACCUGCCACUAGUGAUCCCGAGAUCUCCCUCACUCAAGCUCUCGUGGGAAAGCACCUAUCUCUUGACUUCUUGCGUCAAAACCGGGCUGCGGCAGCUUUCGGGAUCAAGAAGGUAGUGAAUGGUGGGUGCGUGAGGGCAUUGAAGGAUCUCAUGGAAAUGGCUUCAGCGACGCCGCAGACGGCCAGACAGCUGGAUUCUCCCAGUGCCUCGUCUUCAUCUUCUCGAUCGGUGCCUGGGCCGCUGCCUCGGGCUUUAGGCUUCAGUGAGGUACCAAGAGACAGGCGAUCAUUGUUUGCUACUUUUUUAAGGGGUUUUCCUGUGGGUGAAGAGGAGAUUAAAAGCUUUUUCAAAGACAUGUUUGAUGGUCGUGAGUGUGUGGAGGCUGUGUCUAUGCAACCAGUAAAGCAGCCUAAUCAGCAGCCUCUUUUUGGGGUCAUCGUCUUUACCACUCCGGGAAUCAUCCAUUUUGUCCUCAAUGGCACCUAUAAAGUCAAGCUCUCCAUUAAUGGGAAACCAGUUCGGGUGCGUAAGUAUAUCCCCAAACCAGCUUUCUGAUGUACUCCCAUAGAUAGAUCUAUCGUUGAUGUAUGUGUUCUUUCUCAGUUUCUUGUCCAUAGCUUAGUUUUUGUAUAGCAUCAUCUAUCUGUUUUAAUUAGUUGUAUUCGAUAUAAAGGAGCUUAUAUAUUAGGCGAUGUUAUAUAUGUGUAGCUCUCUCCCUCCAUCUUUAGC